GUCACUGUUACUUGUAGCGGUCGCUUGAGUCUUCGCAUCUCUCUCUCUCUCUCUCUCCUCUCCGAUGUCUCACCGUUCUCGCAUCUCCCCAACUUCAUCUCAAAUCAUCAAGCACCACUCCACCAAAAUGCACCACCACGCGUGACUAGGGACCUCCAUGCGCCCCCAGUGCCGAUCCAAACAACGCCCCUCAACCGCACGACCAUGGCCGGCUGGAUCUCCUCCAAAAUCAAAGUCGCCGAGACUUUCCUACAGCAGGCAAGUCAUUCCCCACGCUCCGUUUGGUUGCCCUCCAUUACUCGUUCCCUUCUACCCUGUUAGUUUAUCGGCAACCAAACAGAGCUCAUCCCUUCUCUCCCCCUUCAAUCAACGUCGCCUGUUAAAUAAAAAUUGGUUAUAUUUUUUAGUCGAUAAUAGUUUUAAUUGAUAGAUCUCAAUUAGUUCUGGUAAACAAAGUUUUAAAAAUCACGUAAAACAUUGUAGAUUACAAGAUAUAAGUAAUUGAAAAAUGACACGAACCUUAAGGAAGGACUAGCAAAUUGGGACGGAGUGAGUGGUAAAUUUAAGAUUUUUAGGUAUUUUGAUUUCGAAACGUUUUGAUGGAUUGCUCAGAUCGAUCAGCAAGCGGCAGAGUCGUUAGGGAAGAUCGAAAAGUCGCGGUCCGAUGAGUUGAGUUCUGAAAACCCUUGGAGGAGCACUGAAGUGGUGGUGCCAUUGAAAGAUCAGCUGAAAAAGAAGAAUAAGGAUGUUGCGGAAACGAGUGAUUUGAUUGGGAAAAUACGGAGUGAUCGUAAUUCGAAUGAAACUAGUAAUGGUAAUAAUAGAGGAAGCGGUGAGGAUGUUGGGGCAUUGGUUGUGAAUGUAGUAAAACCUUCUGUGAGCCCUCCUAAGUCCGGGCUUACCGACAGUGAUUGGACUGAACUACUUAGUGUGCCCAGCCAGGCAACAUCAGCUAGUCGCAGUAAUGGAGUUUCUGGGAUUCGUGGGGUCAGGAAGGAUGGUCGGAGGAAGGGCGUUUUGGGCUCAAAUUUGUCUGGACUGGAGGUGAAGAGGAACCAGAAGGGUCAGAAUACUGGGUUGAGGGCUUCACCAAAAUCCCGUGUUCCGUUGGUAAAUAAAGUAAAUGGUGGAAAGAUUUCUGAUGGGGAGGAAUCUAAGGUUGCAGAUACGAUGCAGAGAAAUUCAAGAGUAAAAUCAGGAAGUGAAGAUAAUUAUGCAGAAGGAAGAGAAUUGGAUGGGAAGGAGAGGAGUCCUAGCCUUGUUGGGAUGGAGAAGAAUGAGGCAAAUGAAGAAAGAAACAGUGUGUCAGAAACUCUGGCGGAUAAGGAUUCUUUAGUUGGUAGAGUUGGUGAUGGGGUUUCCGAUUUGAAGAUUGGAAAAGGUGAUGAUCACAGUAGAGUGAGGAGUUCUUUUGGGGAAAUUGACAAACCGACUGUUGGGCCAAGGAGUCAUUCUUCUAAGAAGAAAGGGUCUUCUACAUUUACCCCUUCUUCACUAAGUGAUGGAGGGUCUGCUUCAGAGACAGAUUCAACUUCAACCUCUGACUCGGAAAUUGAACGUGAAAAGGAAGAAAGGAGGAGGAGGAAGGCACAGAUUCUAGCUGAAAAAGCCGCAGCAAAAGCCUUGGAGGCUAUCAAAGAACGAGAAAAUAUGGUUGCCAGAUUGGAGGGGGAGAAACAGAGCUUAGAGAAAAUACUUGAGGAACGAGCCAACCAGCAAGCACAGGAGGCUUCGGAACUGCAGAACAGUAUGAUGGAAACAAUGGAGGCUGUCGAAUUGGAGAAGCAAAAACAUAAUAGUACUAGAAUGGAAGCCCUUGGACGAAUGGCGAAACUUGAGAUUGCAAAUGCUGAUCUUGCAUGUUCGCUUGCUGCUGCGCAGUGGAAAGUUGAAGUAGAGAUGAAUCAGCUGGCAGAACUUCGGCUACAAGUUGAAGUUAAAGAAGCAACCCAUGAAGAACUCAGGAGGAAGAUCUCGGUUGCUCAUGACACUGGAAACCAAUUGGUUGCUUCAAAAGGAAUUGAAUUUGAGCGUGAGAUACUUGAGUCAGAGAUCUCUUUCGUAAUUGAGAAAAUUGGACGACUGCAGGAAAAGGCCAAGACUUUGGAAUCAAAUAUUGAAAUGACCCGACAAGAGUUAGAGAAUCCAACUGAAGUGGAAGUUGAGCUCAGGCGAAGGCUUGGUCAGUUGACUGAUCAUUUGAUUCAGAAACAGGCCCAGGUUGAGGCGCUGUCUUCUGAGAAAGCAACAUAUGUGCUGAGAAUUGAGGCAGUUUCAAGGUUGUUGGAUGAAAACAAAUCAACGCUAAACGCUGUUGAUGUCGAAUCAGGGAUUUGGGAGUUUUCCAACUCAAAGCUGAGGCCACUGUUUGAAGAAAGAAUCCAAUCAGGACGGAAACAUUUCGGAUCAUUGGUUCAGCAGUUGGACUCCAUCUUUUGUGCUGGGGCCAUUUUUCUAAGACGAAAUUCCACUGCUAGGCUGUGGUCUCUUGUUUACCUUGUAUGCCUUCAUUUCUGGGUGGUGUACAUUCUAUUAUCUCACUCUCCGGUGUCCGAGGAGGCUAGGUCAGGUGCUGUCUUUUCGUUGGAGAGUAUCAAUAACACCGGAGGUGGCUGAUUUAGACAUGGAUACUUUGUACAUUUGUGUCUUCUGUCGGUUUUACCCCAUUUUUUUUUAUAGGUCCUUGUUGCCUGGGGGUGUAAUUUAUGCCGUUACCCCCAAUUCCGAGAUAACACACUGGAUGCACUGAGAGAGUGUUCACUAUUACUAGUUGAGAGGGGCAAAUUAGUCAUUUUCAACUAUACAUUUAGGUAAGAACAGUGAGGCAGUCAUGAAAGUAAAUAAGAAAGAAUUAGAUCAAGUAUUGUAUAGUUUACCCUGAUAACUUAUUUGUAAUACUAUUGGUGCUUGUAGA